GUAGCGUGUGUGUGUGUGCUCUUGUAUGGCAAGUUAAGCAAGUAGCAGGCAGUGUGGGACAGAUCUCCCAAAGUUUGUAACCAAAAAAAAAGGUAACCAGGACGUAUUAAGCGAGACGUAAACUAGAAGGUAGAGACGUCUCGAACUUCAUAGUUCCUUCUAACAUUUAAACAGGAUUUUUUUAAUUUUGUUCAUAAGUCGCCAUGAUUCUUUUGUUUUCUUUUCCCCGAUCUUAAAACAGCAAAUCUAACAAUGACAGGAGGGGAAAGACCAGGCAGUGACCAGGCAUCGACAAUGUGGAUAUGUGAAGCAGAGUGACAUUUAUCGAAUUUAAAUAUUAUGUCAUUGAAUAGAGAAUAUUGAUACCUUUGGAGCCUGCUACACGGUCGUGCAAGACAGGAUCUUCAAUGCGAAAUAGACUGCGUGAAAAUGAAACUUGUAUUUUCAAGCAAUUUUCCUUUUGUCAUUCUGGGACUGUGCAUUCGAAUUCAUGUUCUGGGCGGUGCAAAUACUGGAACAGCUUCCUUGCAAGAGACGUCAAAGUAUCAAGACAAAAUUCCGUGUACUCUUACAUUUAGGCGGUUGGAAGUGAAAGCUGAUUGUCAAAGACUAUCUCUAGACUACGUUUCAAAUGUUUGGUUUCCAAAAAACAUCACUAUUCUAUUACUGAACGAGAAUCUUCUAACCACUCUUGAGAACACUACGUUUGUUGGACUCUCGAAACUACGUAUUCUUGACAUUUCGAGGAACCUAAUUAGCAAAAUCGAUAUUUUUGCUUUUGUGGAUUUAGUAAGUCUGGAAUAUCUCAACCUAGAAUGGAAUAGGUUAAAUAUCUACUCGCAUCCAGAGAUAGAUCUGUGUCCACUCGUCAAUCUUACAGAGUUGCGAAUCAAGCAACAAUGGUUAGAGGGUAAGAUUCAAAGCCAGCGUCAUGCAAGCAGUAAUGCAAGUAAACCGACAGGCUAUCCUAAACUGCUUGGAUGUUUAACGAACUUGAGGAUUCUAAAUCUAGAUACUCGGGGAGAUACUCUGUAUUUUGACGACUUCUUUUCAAACCUGACAAAACUAACGUAUCUUGGGAUUCAAGGGGGUGUAAAUCAAGUGACAAAUUCGAGUUUCGAGAACGUGAAAACUGUCAAAUCGCUGUACUGGUCGGCCUGUGAUGUAGCAAAGUUCGACGACAUGGCAUUUGGUGCCUUCGAGCAUCUAGAGACUUUAUUCCUGGAUCACGUCGCCGUUGGAUUUCACCGCGCCUUGCAGCUUUUGAAGCCUUUAGCAAACACCAACAUGACUUCCAUUGUCCUCUACGAGGUUAUAAUCAAUCUCUACGAUAAAUCGUUAGGUAUAACCACUGGUGAUGGGCUACUGACAAAGAACGACACUAUCUACCUCACAUCUAUCUGCGUGAAGCAGGUUAUCAUUUACAGAAACAACAUAUUAGUCAUUGAAACAGGCGCCCUCUCCAGCGAAGUUUGGGACAGGUGCCUUAAAUUUCUGGACUUAUCAGAAACCUCCUUGCUGAGCAAGCGCGAGAUUCUAAGAGAUGUGUUUAGGAUGAGAAGCAUUGAGUUUGUCAUCGUUACGGGCGACUGGCUUGAAAAACAUUACUACAGCAGUUUUGUAGACAAUAUCGCUAGCGACAAAGAAUAUGGCAGCUUAUUAGUCAGCCACUUAAAAGACAAACAAGGAUCACUUAUUAAAAGUCAGUACAACAAAAAGCACCCACAAAAGUUCAAUGUUAAGGAAGGAGCCGAUGUUUUAUACAACUGGAUAGUGAAAAAUAUUUUUUUGGAUGAUUCCACAAUUAUUACUUUACGCAUAUCAGAGUCGAUAAAAUAUAUUGACCUAAACUGGUAUUUCAACUCUGUUAAUUUUAAACGCAAUAUUCAUUUUAUGAAUGCCAGCAACGUUCAAUAUAUCGAUUUCUCCUUCAACAAUGGUUAUAAUUUUAUAGGCAAUAUUUCUGGAUUUACAGGAGUCAAAACGCUCAUUUUGUCUGGGAAUAAUCUCAAUGUUUUAUCGACAAUAUUUUUUGAUGGAUUUUCUUCUUUAGAACUAUUAGAACUGUCACAGUGCAAUUUUGAUUCGACUUUCAUAACUAUGCACAGUCAACGGCUUUUUCAGAGUCUUGUCAAUUUAACUAGUUUAGAUUUAUCAAACAAUUUGUUGAGUUUUCUUCCCAGAAAAAUAUUUCUGACCAACACAAAGCUUCGCUGGUUAAACCUGGAAGGCAAUAGGUUUAUAAGCGUGCCCUUUGACCUGCGCAUAACCCCGGAAAUAGAAUGGUUGAGCUUGCGCACUAACAGUAUCGUUAGCUUGGAUAAAGGCACGAUGAUGGCCCUGGAUGCGCAGACGAGAAUUCUUGGGAAACUUUAUUUAUUCCUGGAUGGCAAUGUCUUGUCUUGCGCAUGCCCGAGUCUAGUCUUUCUAAAAUGGUUGAUGAAUACUUCGGUAACAUUGGACAAAAAUGGAAACUUCACGUGCCUCGACAGAAAUUAUUUGGUGUCUUACGUGUUCAAAUUCAAAGACAUUGGUGACUUCUGGCGUCAGUGUGUGGGACAAGAUUUCUUUUACGCUGCUUUAGUUAUUUACGGUGUGUUCACUAUAGUCUUGCUGGUAGCGCUGAUAUACGCCAGGAAAUGGCGCGUAGUUAUGUCGGGGGUGUACCAUCUUCUAUAUGGAUUCAAGCUACACACUAGCCAAGAUUACUCAAUGGUUUUUAUUAUUUGUCCUGACCCGAAUAUUUCAGAUCUUUUAAAAAGGAGUUUGUCAAGGUGUAUCCGAGGACUUCCGGUACACAUCCACGGUGCAGACGACGUAGCAGGUGAAAACGUAUUGAUGAGCAUCUGCGACAAUAUAGCUUCGAGCUGGCGCAUCAUCUGCGUUGUGAGUGACCAAUUCUUUCAGGAAGAAUUUCUACGUUUUGCAAUCAGCACCGCCCUGAUUGCUCAUUCGCCGGCCAACCCUGGUCAGUUGAUUUAUCUGGUACAGGAAUCUCUUUACGAUCAAGUGCCUCAGGAGUGGCUGGCUGCAGUCGAGGAAGAGAAUAUUAUGGUGGUACCCUCAUGGAACCUUAGCUACAACUUAAUUCAAACGUUGAAAAUGAGAAUCAGAGGAUAGUUGUGGAUGCGAAAGGUCACGGUCAAAUCUUUAAUGAUAACUACAUCCAGGUCGCUGUGAUCUAAAAAGCCACUAUUUUACCGCUAUGCUGGCAUUAACAAUUCGCUCUGCAUUCGAAACAUGUCUUCGAGUCCGAAGAUUAAGGCAUCCCUGACCCCUGUCCACAUAAAGUAAAGCAUUAGUUAAAUGUUUUGUACUAUGAAGAUAAAGUAGUCUUCCUAUUCCUGAGGUAUUAGACGAAACCUGCUGUCAUUGAAAAUCUGAUGUUUGUGUAUAUGUAGGAUAUAUGAGCAGAUAUGAGGGUAUAUAAAUAUAGAAAGAAAGAAAGAAAGAAAAAAGAUAGAUAGAUAGAUAGAUAGAUAGAUAGAUAGAUAGAUAGAUAGAUAGAUAGA